UUAGGGCUAUAGCAGACAAAUAUAAGGACCAACUGAUACCAACCUUGGAGCAGUUGGAAGAAGAUGUUGAAUACUAUCGUUCCCUAGACAUGAUUCCCUUAAAUAAGAUGCCGCAUGGUGACAUGGACGAUACAAAAACUUGGCUAGAUCCGGACGAAGAGCGUAUCGAUCGGCAACUUGUGGAUUUUUUCACUUAUUCACUCUUAGAAAGUGACAAGAGCUCUUACGAAAAGAAAUAUUACGACUUGAAAUGUACAAUGCGUGAAGUCGAAACCUCAUUGAAUGUGCUACAAUCCAAAUUCAUUAUAAACAACGAUUUCGUUAAACAUUUGACUAAUAACAGAUUACUAGACUCUAUAGAUCACGAUAUUCUUCAUGAAUAUACUAGAUAUCAGAGAAAUCUAAAACAAUCUGGCGCCAUUCGACUCUCCAGUUCGAAAUUAUUUCCACCAAAUGUAAAUACUUGCUAUGCACUAAGGCGUCUCUUAAUACACCACGCAAAACAUAAGCAAUUAAGUCGACCCAAGUUGAACCUCACAGAUUGUUCAUUUAAUAAUACCUCAGAAAAUGAGCCAUAUGAUUUUUUGGAAAAAAUUGGGAAAUCUCGAAGAAAACUGUUAUUAUUGCAGAUUAAUAUGUUUUAUCAUCAAUUCUACAGACUUUUCAAGUGGCCUGGUAUGCUGUCUAGUAUGCAACCGCGUCCAGGAUUGCUAUAUGGUAGCCAAAAUAUACCAAUGCAACAUUUUAGAAAAGGAGUUGAAAAACACUAUACCCGACAAAAUCAAGCCACAACUUCUGUUUUCAACCCUGACAUUUCGAACAUGUCUCAGCAACAUCCUGGAAGAAGUGGAAGCAGUGCUAAAAAUUGUACAGAAUCAAUUCAAACUGAAGAUACUAAACGGAAAAAUAGAGAGGUGAAACGCUGUCAGUUCAGCAUCCAACAGUUGGAAGAUACUGAUGACAUAAUUUCCACAAAUAUGAUACCAGAUGAUGAUAUUGAUACUACAAAAACUUCGCUAGAUCUGGACGAAGAGCGUAUCGAUCAGAAACUUGUGAAUUUUUUCACUUUUUCACUCCUAGAAAGGAACAAGAACUCUUAUGAAAAGAAAGAUUACGAUUUGAAGUGUACAGUGCGUGAGGUCGAAACAUCAUUAAAUGCGCUACAAUCCAAACUUGUUAUAAACAACGAAAUAUCUUAUAAUAGAUUAUUAGAUCCUAUAGAUCACAAUAUUCUUUACAAUUAUAGAAGAAACCAGGGAAAUCUAAAAGAAUUUGGCGUGAUUAGGCUCUCCAUUGCGAAAUUAUUCCCACCAAAUGUAAAUAACUGCUGCGCGUUAAGGCGUAUUUUAAUACACUACACAAAACAUGAGCAAUUAAGUCGGUCCAAAAUGAACCUCACAGAUUGUUUAUACAAUAAUCCCCCAGAAAAUGAAAUGUAUUCUUUUUUGGAAAAAGUUGGAGAAUUUCGAAGAAAGAGAUUAUUAUUGCAGAUCAAUAUAUUUUACCAUUGUUUUUACAAACUUUUCAAAUGGGCUGCUAUGUUGUCUAGCAUGCAACCGCAUCCAAGAUUGCUGUACAGUAGCCAAAAUAUGCUAAUGCGAGGUAUUAGAAGAAGAGUUGAAAAACAAUAUUGUAGACAGAAUCACGGCAGAAGUUCCGGUUCAAAAGUGUUAAGUAAAAGUGAUCGCUCGGAAUAUAGUUCAGGCUCGCAACAAUAUCCUGAAAAGAGAUUAUGUAGUGAUGAUGAUUGUACAGAAGUAAGACAAAAUGCUACUAAAUUCCAAAAUGGUGCGAUUGAACGCUCACAGAUCAGUAUUCAAAUUAUCAGAAGUGCUAAAAAUGGUACGGAAGUAAUUCAAGUUUUGCCAAAUACUUGCGAAGGUGGAACGACUGGAAAUCUUAAAUCUGAAGUAAAUGAAAAUAGAAAAAUAAAUCAAAUAGCAGCAAACUCGGCUAGUAAGCAACUUCAGCUUAAAGCAUACUCUAGGAAAAAUCUUCAAAUUAAAAAUGAAUAUGACGCAGGUUGUAGCAAUCGGGAACGUUCAAACAAUACUCAAAAUGAAGCUUCUAAAGAAUAUAUUGAGAACACAGCCGAGAUAUCUUCAGCAAAAGGAAGCUUACCUCAACCAUUCAAUUUUGUUAACGUUAAGUGUGAAAUACCUGAUGAUUAUACGGGUAAACACUGUCCUGAUGGAAACUAUCCAACUAUACUUGGUUGCACUGCUACAGAAGAAAGAACACACAAUAUUAGAAAACGUUCGAAUAACGAAAGUUCUAUGAGACCAAUUAGCAACGCAAGGAAAAUUCACACUAACAAAUCCAUCAUAGCACCUCUGAAGCUUGUACCUGUUGCACAAAAGAGUGUCAUCAAGGAUUUGAUGAAAGAUAAGUCAAAAAAGUUAUUCAUAUUGAGCACUUCGCCAAAUAAAAUUCAAGUGGAAACUUUCAUAAAAGAAAUGAAGUUGAAUCGAACAGAGAGCGUGCCAUUGAUUGUAUCUAAAAUAUCGCCUGAGCAGAAGUAUCCUGACAGACGCAGCAGGUGUAUUCGAGACAUGGACGAUACUAUAUCUCUAAAAAAAAUCGAAGAUGAAGAUAUCCAUGACGGUAAGGACUCGAUAGAAAUCGCGGAUGAAGUUGCAGAAUGUGAAGUCAUAGAACAGAAACAACGUGACGAAAAAGAGUGUGGAACCGCUAAGAGAAAAAACUUGCUUUGCAGCAGAGCAUUUCGAGAAAAUGCCAUGCAGCAGUAUUGUGUUUUGGACACAUCCUGUAUCUUCAGUGUUCCAAUAGUUAUUUAAUAAAUUUAUGCUUAUUUUUAAAUAUCUAUAUAGUCUACAGGGAUUCCCAUCAAAUUCUGGAACAAUUUAUAUUAAUUUUAUGUCAAACUGGGGGGUGGACGUCGACUUCAACAGGACAAAGAGGCACUUGUGGUCCAAAUUCUUUCUUCUUCAGUCGUACCGGCUCGUCACGGAGGUUCGUGAUUCCCAAUUAAGAAUUCGGAUUCAAGUGCUAAUCGGCAAAAUCCCUUCGUUUUUAAAAAACUUUAUUUGGUUCCAAAAAUAGUGUACAUGGACCGAACUGGAAUUACAGUGUGUGUGUGUUCGCUGUGACCGAGAUUGAAUGAGUGACUCAUAAUAAUAAUAAUAAUAAUAAUAAAGCAUUUAUUGCCCAACAGUACAGGUACCAUUUAAAGAGCAAUACAUAAUACAAUGGUUUAAUUUACACAGUCUGUGUGUCAUAAAGUGAAACAAACAUAAAAAAAAUAAAAACACACAGAAAAGAGAAAGGCGCUUUAAGUAGAGAAAAAAGAAACUAUAAAUAUGAUCAAUAGAUAUUAGGAAACCAGAAUAUACUGGUAUAUACACAAAUAUCCAUAUACACAUACACACAUAUAUGAGUAUACACAUAUACAGGUAUACAUAUAUACACAUAAAUACAUACAUACAAUACAUAUAUACAUAUACAACAAAUGAAAACCCCUAGAGAAAGGCGUAAAAAAGUCAAAGAUGUGAACGUAUAGCACUUCGUAAUUCCUGAAAUCCACAACAGAAGAUAUCACAAAAACUCACAAUCCUAUUCGCAUUAUUGCACAUAAAGUUUAUUGGUGCUUUAGAUAGAAGAUUUGUCUGCGCCCUCUUGCAGUGAAAGGAAACCUUAUAUUUAGACGUCAAUCUAGGUACCAGGAAAUUAAUUUGCGAUAGCAAAACAGGACAGUCGAUGUUACCAUGCAGUAAUUUGUAUAAAAAUAUGAUGGACGCCUGCUCUCUGCGCUUUUCCAAAGAAGGGAUGCCAAAUCUAUUCAGUAAUUGUGAGUAGUCACAUCCUCUUGGAGGAUAGACACCAUCACUCCUAUAGCAUAGAUAUUUUAGAAAUUUCUUCUGCACUUUUUCAACAUUAGUUUUGUACAGUUUAUAGGUAGGACUCCAAAUAAUUGCACCGUAUUCUAAUUUACUUAUAACAAGCACUGAAAAUAACUUAAUAAGCGUUGUGUUAUUGAAAUUUCUACAAUUUCUGAUAAUAAAGCCAUAUUUGCGAUACGCUUUACUUAUAAUUUCACUGAUGUGGUAGUUAAAAGUGAGCUGACAAUCGAAAUAGACGCCCAAAUCUCUGAAAGUUUCACACCUUUCCAAUACAGAAUCAUCUAUUUUGUAUGGGUAAGUUAAAAAUUUGGCUUUCCGGGUGAAGGUCAAAAUGCGGCAUUUAGAAUUGUUCAAAUACAAAUUGUUAUUAACACACCAUGUUUGUAAAAUAACUAGUUGUUGUUGGAGGUUUUCACAAUCCUGCCAGCUAGAAACACACGCGUAAAGCUUCAGAUCAUAAGCAAACAUAAGCUUCUUGCAUGAUAAUGUGCUGAUAAUAAAACUCAUAAUUAAGAUACAAUCGUUAAUAUAAAACAAAAGUGAUGAGCUAGUAAAAAGGAAUACAAUGCAAUUAUUAUAUCAAUUAAUAAAGUGUUAAAUGAUAGCAACAUAACUGGUUAUACAUUUUGUGUCAUUGUGUUUAAAUAAAUUAUUUCAAAACAAAGUCAAUAUAUUUCUCAACUAGUCUUGCAUAGCAACAGGACAUUAUAAUGAAACAGCUGUAAGCACCUGAUAAUAUAUAAUUUACUAAAAUACAUAUCCUUAGGCCAGCCAUAGCUCACCUG